UAAAAAUAUUAUACGCCAUAGACAGAAUACGGAUGCCAACAUUAAAUUCGAAAUUGAGGUUAGAAAAAUACAAAUUAAACGAUGUUUUAUAAGAAAAACAGAACAUCCGUACCAAAAGCGACCGACAGUUGUAACUUAUAAUUUAUACCAAUUUCAUUCGACAAUAAUUUCUUUUCAUUUGCCAUUUUUUGCGUGUCAUGAUAUUUUAAUUGCUCGCGUUAAUUAAUUUUCCGUAAAUAUUUUUCUUUCUUGAUUUUUUAGACUACCAUUUCAUAAUUUCGUACUUAGAUUUUUGUAUUUUGUUGUCUUACAAUUUGUCAAAAUAUGCCUUCCAAUUGUAAUGAAUCAAUACGGUCAUGUGCAUUUUAUAGACCUCCUCACUUGCGAAAUGCAUGUGUAGGAACCAAAGUAGAAACUGUAGAUUCAGUGAACAAUAAUACUUCCAAAUGUGUGAAUAAUAAUAACUCAAAGGUAAACAAUAAUAAUGUACCGAAUUUUCAAAGUAAAGAGUUAUUUACCAAGUUAUAUGUACCACCAGCUAAACGCAAUUUGAACAAUGUGACCAAUGUGGGUCUCUCUAAGUAUUUUGAUUGUAAAUUCAAGGGAACUCGCACAGAAUAUUCAAAAAAGCUUGUAGAAUCAACUACUGUGUAUGUUGGAAAUUUAAAUUUGCUUUCUACUGAAGCGGAUGUCCAUAAGCUAUUUUCAGAGGCAGGAAAAAUUAAAACCAUUAUCAUGGGAUUGGAUAAACAAACAUUAUCUCCUGGUGGAUUUUGCUUUGUUGAGUAUGAAACAAGAGCCGAAACUGAAUAUUGCAUGAAAACUAUGAAUGGAGCAUUAUUAGAUGGGAAACAGUUGUUAGUCGAUUGGGAUGCUGGAUUCAUUGAAGGACGUCAAUAUAGCCGUGUUAAAAGAAAUCAACAAAGGUCCUAUAUGCAUCCAAACACUCAAAAAUAAACAUUAUAGAUUCUCAUAUCAAGAACAAAGAAGAGGAAUAUUGUUUAUUAUAAGGAGAGCAUUUUAAUUUAGUUACUGCAUGUAAUUUUUGCUCUAAAAUAAUCUAUUUCUGAUUUAUAAAUAUUUAUAUUCUAUUUUUAAAAUUUUUUUGAAUUUACCAUCUUAUGAGAAAGUAUUAUUUAACAACUAUGUUUGUGUCAUCCUAUAAGGCCUUUUAAAAUAUUAUUUCAAAAGCCAGAGUAAAAAUUUUAAUAUAUUUUUGAUUUUCUUCUUAUAAAAUGUAUAUAUUUGUUUUUUAUUAUAAUUAUUAUGAAUAUAUUGACACAAAACUAUAUAUAUUAAUAUACAUUAUAAUGAAAUUGUUAACUUUUGUCUUAGACAUAAAUUUUGUGUUAAUUAAUCA